AUGGGGAAGUAUUCAAGAGGGUCAGCUAUAUUUGACCCUUGGUCUACAUUCUCUGUCAUUUGUGUUGGACUGGUGGAUUAUGCCCCAGCCUGUUAUGUAUUUCAGAAUGACAGCAAAUUAGGCCAUCGCCUUGUCCAUGUGAAGAGACCCAUCUUGAGGGUGCCGAACAUUGCCAUUCACCUCAUGAGGGACAUGAAUGAGAAGUUCUCACCUAACAAAGAGACACACCUGCAGCCUAUAUUGGCUACCAGUGUACAGGAAGAGCUGGAGUAUGGCAGUAAGACAGCAGAAACUUCAGACUUCAAGCAGGAAGCUGAUAAGCACCACCCUGUCCUGGUGCACAUACUAAGCGGUGAACUCGGGAUGACAGCUGACCAGAUCAUGGACUUUGAGCUCUGUCUGGCAGACACCCAGCCUGCUUGUCUUGGAGGAGCGCUGAAUGAGUUCAUCUUUGCACCCAGAUUGGAUAACUUGUUGAAUGCUUACACUGCAAUGGAGGGUCUGCUGGAUGCAUGCAAUAAUGAAACACUACAACAAGACCCCAACAUAAGAAUGAUCAGCCUUUUUGAUAAUGAGGAGGUUGGUUCCCAGAGUGCCCAGGGAGCAGGAUCUACAUUUCAAGAGUUGGUUCUCAGAAGAAUCAGUGGCCCAACCCCAGGGAGCUUUGAGAUUGCAAUGCCAAGGUCUCUCAUGGUCAGUGCUGACCAGGCACACGCUGUCCACCCAAAUUACAGUGAGAAGCAUGAAGACCAGCACAGACCUGGUCUUCAUAAGGGCAUUGUAGUGAAGCAUAAUGCCAAUCAGAGAUAUGCAACCACUGCUGUUACAGCGGCCAUUUUGAGAGAGGUCGCCACCAGGUCACAUGUCCCUCUUCAGGAUUUUGUAGUUAGGAAUGACUCACCAUGUGGCAGCACUAUCGGCCCCAUCAUGUCUGCUAAGCUGGGCAUGCCUACUGUUGAUAUAGGUGGACCACAACUUAGCAUGCAUUCCAUUAGAGAGAUGUGUUGUACCUCCUCUGUCCUGCAGUCAAUUAAACUUUACAAGGGAUUCUUCGAGUUCUUUCCAGAAAUAUAUGCAUCUUCAAACCUCUAAUCACUAGGCUAAAAUCAUCAAAGCUGUCGUACAGUGGAUUGAAAGCAGAUAUAUAUAUACAUCUUACCAGUGUCUUGAAUGUGAGGCAAUAAAAGACAACGAAAGGAACAGUUAUAAAGACAUUAAAUUUAUGUCAUUUCUGCUAUGAUUAGUUAUGCCUGAGUCAAGUUCUUGAUGAAGAUGGAAAUGAUCAUAAGUCAAAACUACCCUAUUAUAGAUCCAUUUUUCUCUAGAUGUUUACAGAUAAUUCUUUUCACUUUUUUUUUGAAGACAAUUAUUAGCAUAAAACUAAAAAAAAUAUAUUUAACUUGCGACUUUACACCUGCAGAUGAUAUAUUUAUAGUAGAUUUUCUUCAAUAUGUUUACUAACUACCUCAAAGCAAAAUAGUGAAUUUUCAACAUUUCCUGUAUAUUUACACAUUCUUUUUAGUAAUGUUUGAUGUAGUUGAAUCACUAUUUUGUUACCUUCCAGUUGCAUAUGCAUUCCAUACUUUUUAAUCGAUUCAGAAGAAUCAACCCAUUUAAUGUGAAAAUUGUCUUUGGGAUUGCAUUAUCGCAUACCAUCUUUGCACUAUUGUCUACAUAUUUAUGAGACUUGAAGAUUUGAUGCUUAAUUGUGUCCUUUUCUUUUUUUCUAUUUAUCACUUUGCAAUAUCAAUAAAAAUAUACUGAUAUUCAUUAAA